AUGUGGGAUGGCAUCAUACUGCAGUUAAAUUGGAUUGAGCGAACCCAAGAAUGGGUCAUGUAUAGAAACAUAGUAAUUGAUAAUUGUAGUCGUUAUGGACCCUGUGGUCCUUAUGGGAGCUGCCAACCCAAAGGAAAUCCUCCUUGCAGUUGUAUGAAUGGUUUUGAACCAAGAGUUCCAAAAGAAUGGAAUGUAGGAGAUUGGUCGAGUGGGUGUCAACGUAAAAAGCCUUUGGAUUGUGGGACUUUGCAUGAUGGCUUCCAGAAAAUUUCAGGAGUGAAAUUCCCAGACACACGAAGAUCAUGCUACAAUAUGAGCAUGUCCCUUGUAGAAUGUGAGAUGGCCUGCAUAAGGAAUUGCUCGUGUACAGCUUAUGCAGAUUUAGAUAUCAGAAACGGGGGAAGUGGAUGUUUGCUAUGGUUUGAUGAGCUGAUGGACACCAGAGAGUAUGAUGGCCAUCAACAACUUCACAUAAGAAUGGCAACCUCUGAUCAGUUAGUUUAUCGGUUACCAGAGAGCAAAUCCAGCUUCAACCUGAAGAACAGAUUACUCACUUUGGUGCUGUCAGUUUUGUCAGCUGCAGUGCUUCUAUCUGCGGUGGCAUAUGCCUGUAGAAAGACGAAAAAAAGGCUUCAUAGGAAUGGACGAGGAAACUACUGGGCGCAUAUCCUUGAUAAGGAUCACACCAGUGUUCAGAUGGAAGACCUUGAUGAGCUACCUUUUCUUGGCCUGCAAAAAAUAUCUAAGGCUACAGAUAACUUCAGCAUUGAUAAUAAGAUUGGAGAAGGUGGCUAUGGUCCAGUUUAUAGGCACCGAAAUCUUGUGAAGCUCCUUGGAUACUGCAUUCAAGGAAAUGAGAAGAUUCUGGUGUAUGAAUACAUGGAAAACAAAAGCUUGGACUCGUUUAUAUUUGAUGACACCACAACUUCCAUGCUUGACUGGCCUCAGUGCUUGAACAUUAUCCAUGGUCUGGCUAGAGGUAUUCUUUAUUUACAUCAAGAUUCCCGCCUCCAAAUCAUCCAUAGGGAUCUCAAGCCAGGUAAUAUCUUGUUAGAUCGUGAAAUGAAUCCAAAAAUAUCUGAUUUUGGUCUUGCUCGAAAGUUUGAUGGAAAUGAUGCCAUGGACGUGACAAAGAAGGUGGUUGGAACAUAUGGUUACAUUCCUCCCGAGUAUGCAGUACAUGGGCGUUUCUCGAUAAAGUCAGAUGUAUUUAGCUUUGGUGUAAUUGUUUUGGAGAUUGUGAGUGGGAAGAAAAACCAAGGGUUCUCUCAUGAAGCUCAUAGUGAAAACCUUCUUGGACAUGCAUAUAGACUCUAUAAAGAAGACAAGUCCAUCAAACUUAUGAGUGCAUCUUUACAAAAAUCAUGUGUUGUCUCUGAAGUACUACGAUCAAUACAUGUUGCAUUAUUGUGUGUGCAACAUCAUGCAGCAGACAGGCCAACUAUGUUAUCAGUUGUAUUGAUGCUGAUUAGUGAUGGUGAAUUGCCUCCACCUAAACAACCAGCUUUUUUCUUGGAAGAAAGUUACCGUGAAGAUGAAUCAGUUUCAUCGCUCCAAGAUUACAUGAUAACACUACUGUAUGCUAGAUAG